AUGGCGGUGAAGCUCGGCGUCAUCGUCUACGUGGUGCUCCAGCUCAUCGCGUUCGUGUUCGUGAUGAUCGGCACAGGAGUCGAUAUGUUUUACAUCAAGCCGGAGGGCAGCUUUGGCUCGAGGGUAUGCAUCACGUUGUGGGGUGCAAAGAGCGAUUGCCGAAAGCUCAAGGUUACCAGCCCAUCGGACUUCCGGUGGGAUGGGUGCCCGCGCAUCCGGGACAACUUCCGGCUCGCUCAGGCGUUUGCUAUCAUCUCCAUCUUCGUGUACGGCUUUGCGUUCCUCUUCGGCUUCCUUUUGCUGUACUGCUGCUCUGGCUUCCGCUGGGUCUGCCUGGCGCUGAACAUCGUCGGCGCUGUCACCGCUGGUGUUGUCUGGGCGCUCAUGGUGGUGACCUACAGAGUCCAAGAACCAAAAUGCCCGGAGCUAAGUAUAGCCUACAAUUUUGGCACUGGCUUCGGUCUAAUUUUGUGCGCCUGGGUGCUGGAUAUCCUCGACCUCAUCUUCCUGAUGCUCCCGUGGCAACUCGGGGAAUCCGGUGAUAGUGAGGAGUCGAAGGAGUAUACGGAGGAGAUGGAGGAGGAAGAGUCAAUGCCAGAGGAGGAGGACGUGGAGCAAAAGGCAGCGGAGCAGUAG